CUUACAUGUACGACUCGCGGCAGUUCCGAUAUGUCUUCGCCAUACCUAGAAUGCGAUCACACUAGCCACGGUAAGUACUUGUUUGUCUUGCGAGGGAUAUCCUACUCUUUGGCCACCUCGCAUUCAGACGCCUUCACUGUCGUUGGUCCGAGACAUGAGCGAGCUUUGACUUCAUGACGCGUGAAGCUCGAACACAUUUCAGCUAUUCAACUCUGCGUAGGACCGAAUGAUUGAUCCAAAACAGGACUGGUCAAAAGAAGAGAGGUAAGCAUCAGCUUUACGGAAGGCGAUGAUCUUUGCGAUGGUAGAGUUAUGGGCGCUGUCGGUGACCGAGGCUCUCUUCUCGUAUCCAGCGGGUCUCUUUGCCCGGCGAAUAGAGACUUGGUGCAUGUCUUUCUCCUGUGAAACAGAGGUUUUUGACUCCACAUCGCCGUUCCGUCAGCGCAUCACUCGCUUCCUCUUUCUAACGGUGUCCUGUGCCCGAAUAUGCUCAAAUCUAUCGGUAGUGCAGAAGGCUUGUUAGCACGAGAAUCUCUCCGUAUGGUAUUUUCUGAUAUGUUUCAGCUUUUUGCCAAGCUACAUGCAGUCGAGGUAUCCCGCACAUACAGCGCCGACGGGUGAGCAUUGCACCCAGGCCCAUCGACAUCGUGCUCAUGCGAGCACUGAGUACUUACAGAGCAGUGAAGAGUAGUGACCGUUUUGGCCAUUAACCGAUCCCUCAUAUAUAGCUUGCAACAGCUCAUCUUCUCUCAACCAAGCAAUCUCUCAUCUCUCCUGCUUUCCUGCAAAGUCCUCACCGGUCGACCAGCCACAACUAUCGUCAUGAGAUCCGCCAUCCUUCUCUCUCUCGUCGCCACUGCGUUCGCCGCCAACACCUACGUCGGCGAAACGACCGGUACCAGCUGUGUCGGUUCUCUUUCCAGCUUCGCCCUCACUCCCGGUCAAUCGACAUGCUACCCUCAGCAAGGCGCCUCCGUGUGGCUCUCCACGGACGGUUACGCCUGUACGCUUCAGCUCUUCGCCUCGGAUGCGAACUGCCAAGGCACUCCUUACGACCAGAGAGUCAAUAACGACUCGGAGGAUACAUGCCUCACUGAGCAGGGCACAGGAGGUUCUUUCUUGGUUACUUGCGACAACUAGGCGGUUUAUGGUUGGGUGAUUUGCUCAGUGUCGGUGAAUCGGCGGGUCGUAUAGCAUACAAAGCUCGUGCGCUGCGCGCUCGAGUGUGGCCGUCUGCCAUGCCCGUACGAUACCAUAAGGCUUGCGCACUGCUAUUGAAGGAUGAUAAUGAACCUCUUCCUGUGAAAGAACAUGUCUACCCGCCCGUCAAAGCUCGUCCAAUGCGCUAUGACGAAUCUGACGAGUCAGAUAAUCCAGCCGACAUCCCUAGAGGUGUCCAAACCUGGAAGGAUGCCUUUGCGACAGAUGGACUUCAGAAGUACAUCCGAGAUACACCGGACGCAACAGGAUGGCGAAAGGUUUUGUCCGACUUUUCCAGAAAUACCCGGAUCCGUAAGGAGCUCCUGUACAACAUAUAUAGAAGACCAGUCUCAGUAGCAUGGACGGUUGAGGAUGGGGCCGCAUGGGCUCUUGGAAACCAUGAGUUCCUACCACAGGAGGGCCUGUUAUACAUUCUAAACCGCCUCCUAGAUCAAAUAAUUAGACGGCUAUACACACCCGAUCAGAUCGAACGCGGGAACGAACUCACAGAAAAGAUCGCUCGAACCCUGAAUAGUCAAUUAGGAGACAAUAUCCACCACUUCUACUCGCUAGAUGGUCUGUGUACUGCCCCCGAGGUUCAAGGUCGUGGAUACGGCUCAGCUCUCGUUCGUGCUGUAGUCUCGCAGGCCGACAAGGAUAACAGACAUACCUGGUUAUUCUCGAGCAGCGUCACUAACGUCCCAUUCUAUCAAUCGCAUGGAUUCGAGGCUGUUUCUACGUUCACCGUAGGAGAAAAGAAUCCGCAAUGGGACAAGGAUCCCAUAGUAGUGACGAUGAUGAUUAGACCACCAAAGGGAGGUGACGGCCAUACCGCAGCGUAG